AUGAAAAAAUCUUGGGAGUGGUUGAAAGACCACGCAAAAUGGGCGUUGGUUACAAAAGUUGAUGAAGACUUCCCACCUCCUUCUUCAAAACGAACCAAAACAUCUUCAUCCAACGCCCACACAAUAUCUUCUAAUGAACAGUAUCCUCCCGGAUUCCCCCAACAACAACAACCAUUUAAUAUUGAAGACUCACUGAGAAAAAUAAAAGGAAAGAAAACGGCAUCGUCAUCGUCAACACAAAUGAAAUGUUUGAUCUCGUUAACUAAAUUGCCGGCAUCAAAGCUUCAAAGGCAGAAUAGAGACAACGGUAACGAGAAGAAAAAUUAUGUGUUUUCCAAGCCAAUGAACAAAUAA